AUGUGUGCUAAAAAGAGUAAGCGUGGUGACGAAGAAUCUGAUGAGGAUUUUGUAAAAUUAGAAUUGGAAGGAUUUUCUCCCGAGAAGGAUGACAGAGACGGAAUUAUUCAGAUGUUAAAACAGCUUUUACCCAAAACGGCAAAUUUACGUUUUGCUUGUCUAGCGGAUUAUAUUAUUGGCAGAGAAAAAAUCGGCACCGUUGUCAAAUAUUCUGAUUACGAAGCUGAUGGUGACGACGAUGAAGAUAUAGUCUUUUCUAUUACGUCUCUCAUUAGCCUUUUCGAACCGGAUAUUACCCAGUAUCCUGUUAUUGCUGAUCUUCGCAAAUUCCUGGAAACUUUUAUUAAUUCAUCAAAAUCUUCAAAUUCAGAUGCCAGUGCAAUAGUGAAGGUUAUAACUGGUGCUUCCUCGGAAAAACCUGCUCUUCUUAUUAAUGAACGAUAUGUUAACCUUCCUGUUGAAGUCGCAGAGAAAUCUGUAUCUUCCCUACUGGAUGAAAUUAAUGUACUUCCCGAAAAUGAAAAGCCAACUCAUAUUAUUGUCCUGACUCGAGCAAUCAAAUCGCCUGAUUCCUCUGAGUUGAUUUACAUUCAACCUGAGAUGGAAAGUGUACGAAAGUUCGCCUUGGCUACCUCGGAAACUAAUGUCGUCACCCCUACAGUUGAUGAUGAAAAUGAGACAAUCACCUUUGUAACUAUGGUAGUGGAUGUGUCGAGUCUACCAGAAAUUGUGGAUAAUAUCGCUACUCAGUCAACAUAA